CAACAGAAAGAGUGAGAGAGGGAGAGGGAGAAAGAGAGAGAGAGGCACAACGACAGAGAGAGUAAGUGAGACAGAAGCGAGAGGGAGAUUUUUUUUUUUUUUACCAAGAGUAACAGCCAGUCUUAAUAAGGAAGUACAUUUGUAUCUGGAUACUGCUGAUGAAACAACUGCAGGCUAAGUUCUACUAUUUCAAGAAACAGGAUGACCCUGCUGAGUUCUGUAGGGUCCGGUCUGGUGGCCUGUAGUGGGACAAGUGGAGCCUGACCCCAGAGGACAGUUUCUUCACUUGAUCAGAAUGGGUUGUGCGUGCAGUGGGCAGAAACCAGUCAAAGAAAAGGAAGAAAAGGCCAAUUCCAACUUUACCAGUCCUACAGUACAAAGUGGAGUAUCCCAAACAGAAAAUGACGAAGAUGUGGUCAUCGCUCAACAUGACUUCAAAUCAACAAACGACAAUGACCUGGCCUUCAAAAAGGGAGAGAGACUCAAAGUGUUGCAGGAGGAUGGAGAUUGGUGGCUGGCUAAAUCCCUGUUAACCGGAGAUGAGGGCUUCAUACCAUGCACCUUUGUAGCCAAAGCUCAUUCGCUCGAGGUUGAAAGAUGGUUCUUCCAAGAUCUGAGCAGGAGGGAGACGGAGCGUCUGCUUGUCGCUCCAACAAACAAACCGGGUUCCUUUCUAAUUCGAGAGAGCGAAACAACGGCAGGGGCCCUCUCCUUGUCGAUCCGAGAUCUGGUAGCAGAAGAAGGAGACGUUGUGAAACAUUAUAAGAUCCGCUGUUUGGACAACGGCGGCUACUACAUCUCCCCCUCCAUCACCUUCUCCACCCUGCAGGAACUGGUCAAAUACUACACCCGCACAGCUGACGGUCUGUGCCAGAGGCUCAACGCGCCCUGCAAGGCCAUGCCCCCCCAGCAGCCCUGGGCGCAGGACGAGUGGGAGAUCCCUCGCAGCACCCUCAAGAUGAUGGAGAGACUGGGGGCGGGGCAGUUUGGAGAAGUGUGGAUGGGUUACUACAAGGGCCGGCAGAAGGUGGCCAUCAAGACGCUGAAGGAGGGGACCAUGGAGCCGGCGGCCUUCCUGCAGGAGGCUAACCUCAUGAAGAAGCUGAAGCACGACCGCCUGGUGCACCUGCACGCCGUGGUUACCAUGGAGCCCAUCCUCAUCGUCACCGAGUUCAUGUGCAAUGGGUGUCUCCUGGACUUCUUAAAGACUGAGGAGGGGAGGAAGCUGAAAAUACCCAAACUGAUAGACAUGUCCGCACAGGUGGCUGAAGGCAUGGCCUACAUCGAGGGUAAGAACUACAUCCACAGGGACCUGCGGGCGGCCAACAUCCUGGUCAACGAGAUGCUGCACUGCAAGAUCGCAGACUUCGGCCUGGCCCGGAUCAUAGAGACCGAAUACAAGGCACAGGAAGGAGCCAAGUUCCCCAUCAAGUGGACAGCACCAGAGGCCAUCAAUUAUGGCACCUUCACCAUCAAGUCUGACGUCUGGUCCUUUGGAAUCCUCCUGACGGAAAUCGUCACCUACGGGAGGAUACCCUACCCAGGGAUGACCAACCCGGAGGUGAUCCGCCAACUGGAUCUGUUCUACCGCAUGCCGUGUCCCGAGGGCUGCCCCGAGCAGCUGUACGACCUCAUGAUGGGCUGCUGGAAGGAGAAGCCCGAGGAGAGGCCCACCUUCGAGCACCUCCAGCACACCCUCAACGACUUCUUUAUCGCCACGGAGGGAGCAUACGAGAUGCAGCCCUGAUGAAAAAAACAUCUUCCGCUUUUGUUUUUCUCAGAAAGAGUGAACUUCUUUGUGUGCAGUAACUAAAGCGUUACCGGUACCGCGGCAUUACGGCUGAGAUAAUAACCUUUUUUUUUUGCUGAUGGGGUUUUUGUGCUCAACCUGUAUGAAACAAAGAAGGAUUUAUGACGGAUAUUCGUGACGUCUGUGAAUCAAUGCAAUACCUGCUAUUCCCGCUGCCCUGUUAAAGGAGAACACAUGCUCAUUUAAGCAGCCUAUUUAAUGACUAAGAAGUGAAAGAAUAAGUGAUAAACAAUCGGGAACUAAUUUUGGUAAUCACUGACACAGUUGGUUACUGUGUGAGAAACGGACGGACGGAUAAACACAUGGAUGACUUCAUCACAUGAAUGAGAAUUAACAGAAAAAUACUCAUGCUUGGCACAGCUGGGGAACCCCAAGGAGUUACACUGAUACAAUUAAAGACAUAGGCCUACUCGCCACAGCUUGUGAGAAACGGCAACGGCAAACAUAAAAGUAAUUUAAGUAACUGCUAUCAGGAGCAACGCAGGUGCUGUUGGCACUGUGUUUGAUUUAGAGAUAUACAUUCUUUUUGGUACUAAAAGUAAAGGUACAUUUUUCCUGAGCUCCAAUGGGGUACAAAUACAUCAUUAUUUUCUGUUUGUAUAUAACAGCACUGGUAUCUUCUUCAGAAAUAUAAUUAUUUUGAUUGCAAAGAUUUCUCAUUCCAAAGAUAAAGUUUAGUAGGUGCAAUGUUUUAAUUGUAUUUAUUUGAUGUGGAAAUGGAAAUAAAUUAUAGUUUUUACUUUAUUUUGGUGAUUAGCACUGGGCACAAUUAAAUUUUAUUUCCAAAAUGGAAUUACACUGUUGCUUUAAAAUGGAUAUAAAUAUUCUAAUAAAUAGCCUAUAUUAAAAAAAAUAAGCAGCAAUUGCCUUUCUCAUGACAAAUGUAUGCAGCACAGGUAAGCAAUAAAGAUAAAGUUACACUUGUGAGUACAUUAUCAUAGUAAUAAUAACCUCCUGACUAAAAACAUUCUUGGGGGAAUAAACAGCAUCUUUCAGAUAAGAGUGGAAUGGCCCCACCAAUAACGGGCAUUUCCUGCCACUUCCUGAGGGGACAGGAAACAGGAAGUGUGAUUCAGCAGUUCUUUUUAUGCUACACAGUUUUCUAGGACUUUUCUCAUGUCACCGAAAUAGCACAUAAACAGUUACUGAAAGCGUCGCACACCAAAUUGAGUAGUAUUUAUUCCAAAUAUGUUCUGAUACAUUGAAAAUAAAUUGAAGCAAUUCAACGUGCUUUUACUUCUUAUCAAUAGGGUUUGCAGUGCUGCAGAUUAAUUUAAUAAUGAUCACUCAAAUUUUACUGGGGCACUGUGGAGACUUUUACUGGUGCACGUUCCUCAGUAAAAGGGGCUGACGACGCCUCUGGUUUGCACGGUUCAAUUAUUAAAAAUCCACAAAAUUAUAUACAAAUUCAAGGAUUUAAUUUGUUAGAAUUCAAAUAUUUAAUCAUUAUAAAUAAAAUUGAAUAAAUUUAAAAUUAAACUAAUGCCAAAUCCAUAACAGGAGAGUAACAGUGCGGUAAUCUUUCAUUGCAUUGUUCUUAUCAUCCAGCAGAGGUCAGUGCCACACAAUACCAACAAAAAUCUGUUGUCGUUUUUAACCUGGGUUAUAGAUAUGGCUCCAAUCCUUGGACUGAAAAAUAAAUAUAAAACGUCCUCCGAUUCUUAAUGUGGUAGUAGAGAUACGAUUGAUAUAAUGAAACUUAAUCAGAGUUAAUGUCAUAUUCCAAGGAGACUGCUUUUGAAAUGUGUGUACUCUUC